UUUGCACAUCUAUCUGCAAGCUUUCUUUGAAACUAUCCAGAGAAGAUGCCCAUGCUGUGCUUGGUGAUGUGUUUUACGGGAUUUAACGUCAAAUCUAAAGUACGUUAAAAGAACCCACCACACUUAUGGAAAAGAGUAGGGAUUCUUCCUGUGUGAGUGGAUCAAAACUUACAGUCUGAUAUUACGCAGCUGCAGCUUGUACCUACUGUACAAAGGAAAAGUGUUACGCCUUGAGGUGGUUUGAACUAAUAUAUAAUGAAUGACAAGUAAUUUCCAUGGCUAGAAAUUAUGACAUUCUCUUAUAAUUUCUGUUCUAAAUGAAAAUCUUGAAAUUCUUUUACUUUCAGAACCCGACCGUUGGCGAUAAUUUCAAAGGAAAGUCUAGUGAAUUUCAACAUUCAGUGUGAAUCUUUAGUACAUAUAACAACAUGAUCGCGAAAUACAUCGAUGUAGUGUUCGGACGUGUGUUUUACAACUUGGGUAAGACAGUCGCCAGAUGGCCGGCUCCUUUCGUUCUCUUACCGCUGGUCGCUUCGGGACUUCUCGGCUACUUCGGUCUGAGCCAAAUCGUCAUAGACGACGCCUACAUCUUCGUUCCCGACGACGGCCGAGCGUUACCGGACGGGGAGGCGUUAACAGCGGCCGGCUUCUCUCCGUCAGGUGACGCCGUGACGGAGCUAAUCGUCCAGGCUAGAGACGGCGGCGACGUACUCUUUAGAGACGACGUCGUCGAAGAGGUGCUACGACUGCAUCACGAUCUGACAACUGCAAACACAACGUCGGGAGAAACCUUCGCCUCUCUCUGUUUCCGCGACCCCUCUACUACUAAAUGCGUUCUGAGUGGAAUUCUACACUUAAUGGUAUCAUUCGGUUCAGGAUCCAAGCUUAGAUCUUCUACGAACCUGAUCUACCCUUACCACAACCCCGACAGAGCAAACUUCAACAUCGGCACGUACUUUGGAAGCGAACUUGGCGGGGUAGAACUUAGCACAGACAAUAGGACAAUCCUAUCCAGUAAGGCGCUUCACCUUGUUUACAACGUGCAAACAAAUCUUGGCCAAUGGAUUGACACAUUUCGUCAAGUGUGUUCAAGAUUCGAGUCCGAGAAAAUCACCGUCAACUACCUCACUGUCAGUUCGGUUGACGAUGAUGUAGCCAGUUUGCCGCCUAGAGUAGCUGUGUACAUUGGAGCGGCCAUAGGGUUGCUGAUUGUUUUCUCUGUGUUUUCGUGUAUGAUGCUGGACUGGGUUCUCACCAAGCCGUGGUUGGCGGUGAUAGGCGUGUUGUCGGCCGUUCUCGCCAUCGUCUCGUCUAUCGGAGUGGUGCUCCUGGCUGGAGAAUCCUUCUCUUCACUCACAACAGCGAUACCGUUCCUGCUACUAGGUAUCGGUGUGGACGACAUGUUCGUCAUGAUCGCCGCCUGGCGGAAGUGUGACGUAACACUUCCGGUGCAGGAGCGCAUGGGACGUGCCAUGUCAGACGCGGGGGUGUCCAUAACCAUCACGUCUAUCACCGACUGCCUGGCGUUCGUCGCCGGCGUCAUGAACGUGUUUCCCUCCGUGCGGCUCUUCUGUAUCUACGCUUCCGUGGGGGUCGCCUUUGAUUUCUUGUAUCAGAUCACCUUCUUCGCUGCCUUCAUGUCCCUGACCGGGCGCCGAGAGCGGGCCAACCGCCACUGCUUCACCUGCUUACCCGUCCUCCCCAAAUCACAGGCACAGGACAAGAGCGCCGCCUACCGACUCUGUUGCGCAGCGGGCGUGUCCAAACAAGAAGGCGUAUUCGACAACCCCUCCUCUGAAGAGUUCAACAAAGAUCCUUUGCUAAACCGGUUAUUGUACAAUUACCUCGUUCCUUUUAUCCUGAAACCUUGGUCAAAAUUGGUCAUAUUUCUCUUAUACGCUGCAUAUCUUGGGGUAGCGAUUUGGGGGUGCCUUCAAAUCCGUAUAGGCCUUCAAUACCAAAAUGUGGUAGCGGACGAUUCACACGUACGGGGCUAUUACGACGCAGAAGAAACGCAUUUUCAAAAAUACGGCCGCAAAGUAGACAUCUUUGUAACCGAGCCACAGGAAUAUUGGACAAUAGACGUGCAACAGGCUCUUUUGGACAAACUAAAAGCUUUCGACCAGAGCCAGUAUUUCUAUGACACCUCAGAGACCUCAGAAGUCUGGUUACGAGAUUAUCUUCGCUUUCUGAAUCAGACUGGCAACUCUCAUGCAGCCACCAACAAAACGUCGUUUUUGCAAAUUCUGAUUUCUCAGUUUUUGCCAACGGUCGGGCGGGAGUAUUACGGGUCUUUGAAUUUUGCAGACAAUAAUACUGGUAUAACAGCGUCCAGAUUUUUUGUUAUACCGAAAGACGUAACCACAAGUGAAAGAGGGAAACUUAUGAUGAUAGAGGCUCGUAGCAUCGCAGAACGCGAACCUCUGAGAAUGAGAGCGUACAGUUUUGACUUCUUUCUAUCAGAUCAAGUCGUGACGAUCCUCCCAAGCACGCUGCAAACUGUGGGCAUUGCCGUAGCGAUCAUGUUCGUGGUGUGCUUCCUUCUGAUUCCGCAUUGUGGUGCUACUUUCCUCAUCACCUUUGCUCUUGUAUCCAUCAACGUGGGUCUUGUGGGAUACAUGACGUUGUGGGGGAUAAAUUUAGACCUUGUCUCUGUUCUCUCUAUUCUCAUGUGUAUCGGAUUCUCUGUGGAUUUCUUUGCCCACAUAACCUACGCCUAUGUCACUUCUAAAGAAGCAAAGCCUGUGGAAAAAAUCAGAGAAGCCAUGCGUGCUGUUGGCAUGCCUAUCGUACAGUCUUCCCUCUCCACUAUCCUUGCUAUGUUAGUCCUUGGCUUCUUUCCGGCCUACAUUUUUCGGGCGUUUUUCAAGACCAUCUUUCUGGUCAUGGUCUUCGGUGCGGCUCACGGACUGGUCAUCCUGCCCAUUCUACUGACCAUCCUACCUACGUGUGGUCAAGGGAAAGUUCAAGACGUUAGUGAAACGGCCAAGGAAAGUAGUAAGAACACCGCAAUAUCUAACAGAGGCUUUCCCCACCCUUCCUAUUACACUAGGCCUCACUCGGCGAGUUCUUAUAUGCAGGAGAAGACGCCAGGGAUAAAUGGUAUGAAACCAUCGACUUCUUUGCCCAAUUUACGCCCUAAAGUCGGACAAGACAACCCGUAUCUUACUCCAGAAAUGCGCAAAUGGAUCAGAUGGGUGGGCAGGCAAAAAUCUGGCGUGGAUAACCCAGCUAUGGAAUCAGGCAACCCAUAGACGUAACAGUGAACAACUUUUAAAUUUUUCUAAUGCUAGCUUAUGAUACGGUUCCAUUUGAAAAAAAGGCCCCCAACGGGCAGUUUUCUUGGGUUGUUUUUCUGCACUUUCCGGUGUGAACCCUACGUGGCCCCUAUUUUGGGGCACGGACUGGUCCCAGGAUUUUUUUAAUCUCGCGGGCUAAAAUUGACUCGGGAGCCGACAAUAAAUAGACGCCGUGUCCUAUGUUUGAAACACCAAGAGGAACCCCCGUGAUAUCCGGCAGUCCAUCGGGACAAAUGUCUGCAAGGCCUCAGAGCCCGGCCGGGCUACGCCCCGUACGGGCACCGGUGCAUAAUCAUAUAUAAGACGUAAGAUAUCGCUGUCUUGGUGUGACUGAAAAUGCCGUCCUGUUUUUCUGUACUAUAUGUAAUGACUAUUUUGAGAAUAAAUUACCCAUAUCAUGCUAGAUUUCGUAAUAAAC